UCUCUCUCCCACCUCUGUGUCUCUCUUUCCGGCUGCCGCUAGAGAACCAGGAAGUAAAGAGAGAAGGGGGGAGAAAAUGUAUACCCAGCAGCUGAGGAAAACAAGGAAGUGAAUGCAGCCAGAGCUUCAGCUGUGAAGUGAAAGUAGAGCAGGCUAGAGCACAACAGACCAGGGCAGUUGGCAUAAGGAAGUGCCAGCUAGCUAACGUCAACACUGGCUGUGCUCGCCCUAGCAGAGAGAGUGAAACGAAGAGCGACAGAAAGAGAACGUGACUGCAGAGCCUGCCUCACAGAAAUACCAGCAGGUGUCCUGCUCUUAGCCCUCUAUUCACCCUACUCAUACCCACCACAAUGACAGACCAAGGGGAACCCUGGAGAGGAAGUGGAGGACCUGAGGAGGAGGAGUUACCACAGAUGGAUGGGUCAUGUGACGCUUGUGAGCCUGAUGAGGCCCAGCAGGCAACCCAGGUGUGUUACACCUGCAGCUUCGCCUUCUGCUCUACCCACGCUGAGAAACAUGUCCACAGCACACGGCACCUACUGACGCCCUACAGCCAGGAAGUGGCGCAGCCCCAGGCCCGGUCCCAACAGCUGGCCAGGGACAGAGACACAGGGGAGGGGCCGGGGGAGGAAAGGGUUCGAGAGAUUGGGCGUAGGGCAGAGCAAGAGGUGGUGGAAAAUGGGGCAUGGGGUGGGAUUGGGGUACAAGAGAAUGAGGCAUGUGGAGGAGAGAGAGUCCAGGGGGAGGGGAAAGUUGAUGAUGAAGAUGAUGGUGAUGAAGAGGCAGUGGCAGCCCCAGAGGGAGGUAGUAAGAGGGAGACGGUGACAGUGGAGAGGCUGCGCUGUAAUGAGCAUGGCCAGGAGGGUACUCUUUACUGCAAGACUGACGAGAAGGUCAUCUGUGUGGUGUGUGCCGUGCAGGGGGAGCACCGCGAGCAUGAGAUCAUCACCUUGCGCGAGGCCUACGUCUGGCAGAAGAGCAGGGAGGGUUAUGACCUGCUGGGCUGCACACAGAACAUGGCUGACCAUAUCAAGACCAAGUGGACCAACCCUGAGAUGUCUACAGAGCAGUUGGAGGCGUAUGUCAACAGUCAGUUUGAUGAGCUCCACCGGCUGGUUCGUCUGGAGGAGAAGAGGACCCUCCACCUAGUGGACCUGAAGGAAGCCUUCCUGACCGCCGCCGCCGCCGAGAAGAUCGCUGAGAUCACCGUGCACACCGAGCGGCUCCAGGAGGAGAUGGCCUGCAUCACGCAGCAGCUGGGCCAGCUGGACCAGGCCGAGGCACAGCCUGGAGCCGGAGUAGCUGCCCUAGCCCAGGGAGGACCAUGCCCCAGACCAGCGCAGCGCGACAUUGAGGCCAGGCCAAGACUCCCAGAGCCGAGACGAGACCCUCAGGACCCCAUGGACUAUGGAGAGGGUGGGUCCAGAUCCUCAAUGGGACACGCCCCCUGACACCAGCUGCCCAAUCACAGAUCACUUCCCUCUCCUCUCUCUCCUCCUACUUCUGUCCAGGAGACCAACAAAAUCAGAGAGAUUCUCCUCUCCAUGUCUGACGACAAUGGAGUGAGAAUGAAGAAGGCUGUAACAAAAUGGAUGGCUCUUUCUUUCUACUUUCAGAACUUUUAUAACUCUACUAAGUCUUUUUUAAUUGAGGUUCAUGAGUCGAUUGCAAUCUAUUACCGUCAGGCAACAUUUUCACACUCAAUCAGAUCCUUGUCUGGUGAGCUGUGCUCAGCGAGGAGUGUAGGUAGAAAAGCUGAGGACCUGCUAAAACCCAGCUAAUGUCAGGAGUGGAACAUGAAAUUCUGUGCUUUAUAUUCAUUUCUUCUAUAUAUUUAGUAAUGACAAGCAGCGUUGACCAAAAAAAAGCAAAGCAAAAUAAGUUGACAGAACACCUUAGACAAGGUGGGUGUUCCUGUUUUAUACUCUAAAGGGAAAUAUAUCACACGUGUCUUAAAUCUGCCUUGACGUAUAAACACAACCUAGUACUUACAACUGCUCUCCUCCCCUCUUCUCUUCUUGUUUGUCCUCACCUUCAAAUUCUCUCCCCUCCUUCCUCUUGUGUGUGUGUUUGUCAGAUCCAUCAUCAGAUGAUGCGUUGACACAUAUUGAUUUGUGUGAGCUGCUGCGUACAUGUUACGGGAAAUCGAAGUGUAUUUUGCCUGUAUGUAAUAGCUCUCUGUGCAGUGUCAGCGUUCUCUGUAAUACUAUGCCUCAUUACCCGAGACAAUCUGCAGUGUACAACAGACAGUGCAGUCCUGACUCCUGACGACUAACUGCACACAGUACUUUGUCUUACUCCAUCAUGUCAUUCAAUAAUCACAUACAGAAGGUAUAUUUUUGCUUUUGAUGCGGUCUAUUUUGUCUUAAAGGAGAAAGUAACCUUUAACCUAAUCAAUAUGAUUUGGGUUGUGACCAGGACCAAGCCCUACCCAAUGGAUCAUGUUAUUCUGUAGCAGUCAUGAAAGGAUUAAUAGAAAGAUGUAUGUAUAUAUAUAUAUAUACUACAUGACCAAAAGUAUGUGGACACCUGCUCGUCGAACAUCUCAUUCCAAAAUCAUGUGCUUUAAUAUGAAGUUGGUCCCCCCUUUUGCUGAUAUAACACCCUCUACUCUUCUGGUGUUGGAACAUUGCUGCGGGGAUUUACUUCCAUUCAGCCACAAUAGAAUUAGUGAGGUCGGGCACUGAUGUUGGGCGAUAAGGCCUGGCUCGCAGUUGGCGUUCCAAUUCAUCCCAAAGGUGUUCGAAGCGAUUGAGAUCAGGACUCUGUGCAGGCCAGUCAAGUUCUUCCACACCAAUCUCGUCAAACCAUUUCUGUAUGGACCUCGCUUUGUACACAGGGGAAUUGUCAUGCUGAAACAGGAAAGGGCCUUCCCCAAACUGUUGCCACAAAAUUGGAAGCACAGAAUCGUCUAGAAUGUCAUUGUAUGCUGUAGCGUUAAGAUUUCCCUUCACUGGAACUAAGGGGCCUAUCCCAAACCAUGAAAAACAGCCCCAGACCAUUAUUCCUCCUCUACCAAACUUUACAGUUAGCACGAUGCAUUGGGGCAGGUAGCGUUGUCCUGGCAUCCUCCAAACCCAGAUUAGUCCGUCGGACCGCCAGAUGGUGAAGAGUGAUUCAUCACUCCAGAGAACGCAUUUCCACUGCUCCAGAGUCCAAUGGCGGCAGGCUUUACACCACUCUAGCCAAUGCUUGACAUUGCGCAUGGUGAUCUUAAGCUUGUGUGCGGCUGCUUGGCCAUGGAAAACCAGUUCAUGAACCUACCUAUAACCAGUUCUUGGGCUGACAUUGCUUACAGAGGCAGCACUUGGCAGUCCCGUUCUGUGAGCUUGUGUGGCCUACCACUUCGCGGUUGAGCCGUGGUUGCUCCUAGAUGUUUCCACUUCACAGCAACAGCACUUACACUUGACCGGGGCAGCUCUAGGAGGGCAGAAAUUUGACGAACUGACUUGUUGGAAAGGUGGCAUCCCAUGACAGUGCCACGUUAACAAUCACUGAGCUCUUCAGUAUAGGCAACGGGUGUGGCUAAAAUAGCCAAAUCCACUAAUUUGAAGGGCUGUCCACAUACUUUUGUGUAUAUAUAUAUAGAGAGAGAUAGAUAUAGAUAUAGAUUCGUUUUGAUUCAGUAAUCAUUGUAAGGGUAAAAGGUAAAUAGUCAGGAUAUGAAAUUGUUUAUUUUUGCUGUUGCCUUAAAUGAAUUAAUAAAUGAAAUGACAGAUAAUGGUUUUACAAGCA